AUGGGUGUCUUGGGUUUAACCAGCUUUAUAGGUGAUCAUGGAGAGAUUUUAACAGAUUAUCGCUUCAGAAACAGCAAGGUAGUCAUAGAUGGUUGUAAUAUCUACCACUCUCUUUAUUUGACCUCGUGUGUGGAUCAGCAGCAUGGAGGGGAUUAUGAUGUAUUUGAGGACCAGGUCUGCAAGUUCUUUAAGGCUCUGAGAGAUUGUGGCAUUGAACCUUAUGUGAUUAUAGACGGAGGCUCUGACUUUUCCGAUAAAAAGUUUGAAACUCUCCGACAACGAGCUCAAUCAAGGAUCAACCAAGCCAACAACUUGUCCAUGGGGCUUCGGGAGAGAGGUUUACUGCCAGUCUUCAUCAAACAAGUCUUCAAACAGGUCCUCUCCAGCCUGAAGGUGCCAUUCGCACAGGCCCUUUCUGAGGCAGACCAAGAAAUAGCCUCACUGGCUCAAAAGUGGAAGUGUCCGGUCCUGUCCAAUGACAGUGACUUUUAUAUUUUUGACAUCCAGGCAGGAUUUCUUCCCAUGUCCCAUUUUCAGUGGCAGAACGCGUCAGUGCAACGCUGGAGUCCUCAAAAUUACAUCCCCUGCAAGCGGUACACCACAACAAGCUUCUGCAGACAAGUCAACAUCAACAGACAGCUUCUCCCAGUCUUUGGUGCCAUCACAGGAAACGACUAUGUCAACUUGGAUAAGAUGGGCUUUCCCAUCAAGUUUGAAGACAGCUUGUCGAUGGAACCCAAUUGGAAGCGCGGUAAGUUUGAACAUUUUACGCGUAUACCGAAGUAAACAUAACUACUACAGAUGCAUUUGGGGCGGCAGGUCGUCUAGUGGUUAGA